AUGAAAUAUAGAGAAAAUUUUAAGUUAUUCUUUUUAUUAAUAAUUAUUUAUAUAAUUCUAAUCACAAAUAUUAAGUGUCAUAAAAAGACAAAACGUUAUAAGUUUCUUACAACACAACACCCAAAUGAAAAAAAAAUUUGCUUAAAAAUUGAUCAAACUAUAAAAGCUCGUCACAAAACAUGUUUUCUCCGUCCUGAUACAGGGCCUUGUAGAGCUGAUAUUCUUCAAUGGUAUUAUGAUGUACGUCAAACAAAAUGUUACCGUUUCUUCUGGGGAGGCUGUCAAGGUAACGGUAACAGAUUUGACUCUAAACAAGAUUGUGAAAAUUAUUGCUAUUUGAAUAAAACUAACUCUCAUAGUGAAAUUCCACACUUUUGUUCACUCUCAUUUGAUUAUGGCAGCUGUUUUGGAUAUUUUAAUCGAUGGUCUUGGGAUCCCAUGACUAAAACCUGUAGAAGACGAUUGUAUUCAGGUUGCGGAGGAAACCAAAACAACUUCCAGAGUCGAAUUGAAUGUAUUUCUACAUGCUUAAAUCCUCCUAACAAUACCUUUGGAAGAAGUCAUAUUUUUACAACUUGUAUUCCCAUAGUUAUUGAUGAACUUCAUUAAACAAUACAAUGUACGUUUCUAGUAAUAAAACAAUAUAAAAGUGAUGAAAAAUUUUAUUUUAUAUCAUAUUUGUUUGUGUCAUAUUUUUGCAGCAAGUGUUAAGUGUGUUAAUAGUUUAAAAAUGUAAGAUAAUAUUACUAGGUACGCUUAGAUUGCGAUCUUCACAGUGUGUCUUCUCUCGAGAAUGUGCGUAACAUUAUGAAAUAAGACAGCGAUGUUCUUAUUAUCUGUGAAAAUACUUUUUAAUUAUAUUAUACAG